AUGGGCUGCAUCAAUUCUAAGCCGGCUGAGGCGGAUAGAGAGGCUUUCCAGCAAAAUGCUCGCAUUGACCGGAACCUCAAAAACGACAAGAAGACGAUGGAUCGUACGAUCAAGAUAUUGCUACUAGGUGCUGGAGAGUCUGGAAAGUCGACCAUUAUCAAGCAGAUGCGCAUCAUUCACAGCCGAGGCUUCCCGGAGGAGGAGCGUCACCAAACACGAGCCGUCAUUUACUCCAAUAUUGUAAUCGCGUUUAAGGUCCUUUUGGAUAUCAUGAACUCUGAAAACAUCAAGUUCGACAACGAUGACACAAAGUCAUUGGCGGAUCUACUGGAUAGUACAGAAGCGGAUGUAGGAUCAGAUGAGGCUUUCUCUAAUCUGAAGAUUCGAGAUGCUAUGAGAGGAAUGUGGAAAGACUCCGGAGUGCAGAAAGCCGUUGCACGUGGACAUGAGUUCGCGCUACAUGAUAACUUGGUUUACUUCUAUGAGUCCUUGGACCGAAUAUUCACCCCGGGAUGGCUUCCCGACAACCAGGAUAUGCUGCAAGCACGACUUCGGACAACGGGAAUUACAGAAACAUUGUUUGAACUUGGGCAGAUGAACUUCCGCAUGAUGGACGUGGGCGGACAACGGUCGGAGCGAAAGAAGUGGAUCCAUUGCUUUGAAGGCGUUCAAUGUCUUCUUUUCAUGGUGGCUCUUUCCGGUUAUGACCAAUGUCUAGUUGAGGACCAAAAUGCUAACCAAAUGCACGAGGCCAUGAUGCUGUUUGAGUCACUUGUCAAUGGCGAGUGGUUCAAGCGCAAGCCCAUCAUUCUCUUCUUAAACAAGAUGGAUUUGUUCAAAGACAAACUAGCCAUCUCCUCGAUCUCAAAACAUUUCCCUGACUACACGGGUCCCGACACCGACUUCGAGGCCGCCUACCGAUACUUUUCCGAACGAUUCCGCGGAAUCAACCGAAUUCCUGAUCGUGAAAUCUACAUUCAUAAGACCAACGCUACCGACACUCAGCUAUUGAAGGUCACCAUGGACUCUGUCCAGGACAUGAUCAUUCAGAAGAACCUCCACACUCUCAUACUAUAA